AUGUGGAUUGAUGGGAACGUGGACGUGGACAUGGACGUGGAUGUGGACAUGGACGUGGACGUGGACGUGGACGUGGAGGACUUGGACGUGGACAUGGACGUGGACAUGGACGUGGACUUGCACGUGGACAUGGACUUGGACAUGGACGUGGACAUGGACGUGGACAUGGACUUGGACAUGGACGUGGACAUGGACGUGGACGUGGACGUGGACGUGGACGUGGACGUGGACGUGGACGUGGACGUGGACAUGGACGUGGACGUGGACAUGGACGUGGACAUGGACGUGGACAUGAACGUGGACGUGGACAUGGACGUGGACGUGGACAUGGACGUGGACAUGGACGUGGACGUGGACGUGGACGUAGACGUGGACAUGGACGUGGACGUGGACGUGGACGUGGACGUGGACAUGGACAUGGACGUGGACGUGGACGUGGACGUGGACAUGGACAUGGACGUGGACGUGGACAUGGACGUGGACGUGGACAUGGACGUGGACAUGGACGUGGACAUGAACGUGGACAUGGACGUGGACGUGGACGUGGACGUGGACGUGGACGUGGACAUGGACGUGGACAUGGAUGUGGACGUGGACGUGGACGUGGACGUCGACAUGGACAUGGACGUGGACGUGGACGUGGACGUGGACGUGGACAUGGACGUGGAGGAAUUGGACGUGGACUUGGACGUGGACGUGGACAUGGACGUGGACAUGGACGUGGACAUGGACGUGGACGUGGACAUGGACGUGGACGUGGACAUGGACGUGGACGUGGACAUGGACGUGGACGUGGAUGUGGACGUGGUCGUGGACAUGGACGUGGACGUGGACGUGGACGUGGACAUGGACGUGGAAAUGGACAUGGACGUGGACCUGGACGUGGUCGUGGACGUGGUCGUGGACGUGGCCGUGGUCGUGGACGUGGACGUGGUCGUGGACGUGGACGUGGACAUGGACGUGGACGUGGACGUGGUCGUGGACGUGGUUAUGGACGUGGAGGACUUGGACGUGGAGGACUUGGACGUGGACGUGGACGUGGACGUGGACGUGGUCAUGGACGUGGUCGUGGACGUGGAGGACUUGGACGUGGAGGACUUGGACGUGGACGUGGACAUGGACGUGAACGUGGAUGUGGACGUGGUCGUGGACGUGGUCGUGGACGUGGACGUGGUCGUGGACGUGGUCGUGGACGUGGACGUGGUCGUGGACGUGGUCGUGGACGUGGACGUGGACGUGGUCGUGGACGUGGAGGACUUGGACGUGGAGGACUUGGACGUGGACUGA